CCUUUUAUUAAAUAAUUCUGCUAAAUCAGUUCGAUUCAACACAACACUGCAAAAUUAAAUAAAUAAAAAUAAAAACAAACAAAACAAAUUUAACUAGUUACAGUAUCAAAAUGGGUGACGAAAAUAAUACAGCCAUCGAUGAAAAUCGCAAAUUACAAGAUAUUUUUCUAGAAGCUUGGGAUCAAUAUGAAUUCUUGGAUGAAACAACCAUUGAUACAAAUAGCAGUGAAUAUCAGAACAAAGUAAAAGAUGGCAUUAAAAAUUUUGAAUUGGCUACCACCAUUGUUAGCCAAGUUAAUAUGUUUAGUGCAAACGAAUUCAUAGAUGAGGUGCCAACCGAGUCUUUGCAGUAUUUGUUGUUACCAUUUUUCCUGGGCAAGCUGACUUUAAAGUGUCACAAAGAAGAACGUUUGGAUGUUCUGAGAAAAGCUGAAGUGUAUUUCAAGGAUUUUCUACAGCGUUGUCAAAAUUAUGAAUUAUGUGAUGGUCCGAAAAAGAAUACGGAUGAGGAGAGUUCUCAAACAAGUGGUUGUAUAGAUACAACCCAGCAGCUGAUAGCUUCCGCCGUAGCGCGUAACAAUAAAAUUGCCCAGUUUAGACGCAAGAAAGAACUUGAAGAACAAAUAAAAAAGAUGCGUGUUGCUGUACGCAGUGAAUCGGUCGAUGAUGAAAUCAAACGUAAUUUCUUUCUCAACUUCUUGCAAAAGAGUAUUAUUGAGGCGAACGAAGAAUUGCAAGAUAUCAAAUUGGAAAAGGGCGUUGUUGAGAUGAGAAAACAACGGAUGGCUGAAUUCGGCACCACACGCAUGGAUGAUUGUAUUCUGCCACCGGGUAGUGUAGCUGGUCCCGGUGUACCCGCAAUCGGUGGCCCCAGCGGACAUUCACAUAGUCAUGGGAAUGGGCAUCCACAUCAUCAUCAUCAUCAUGGUGCAGCUCCCAAACCUAAACCCAUGCAACCAUUUAUUAUCACUAAAGAUGCCACACAAAAGGCGGUCUUCGGUAUGGGCUAUCCCAGUUUGCCAGUCAUGUCGGUUGAUGAGUUCUACCAACAACGUGUACAUGAGGGUAUAUUUCCCGAUGAAGAAAAAAUGGCUCGUAUCAAUGCCGAAAAAGCCUUGGCCGCCGCCCAAGAUCCCGAAGAAAAGGAGGAGGAAGAAAAAGCCGCCAUGGAGGAGAAAAUUGAAAAUGAUGAUCCCGAGAAUUUGGAACGUAUGCGUCGCAUGGACGAAUAUCGGGAUGUGGUUAGACGCGGUGAUGGCAAUCGUCACAAUCGCAGUUAAAUCUUAAAUAGAGAACACAUUAUCUCAUCACAAUAAAAUUAAAAUUAUGGAAGAUAAGCCAAAUAGCACCCACACACAUUUUAAACAUCAAGGUUAAGAGUUUGUUUCUCAAGCCUUUUUCUUAAUAUACAACGCCGCUCAAUGUAUGGAGUUCUAAAUUAACAAGUUUAUAAAACUUUAAAACGAACAAUAAACCUAUUGCGUUUAGUACUGA